CGAUGGAGUAAGCAUAUACCAUUAAUUUCCGCUUAUUCAGUAUAACCUCUACUGCAUGUGCAAGAAGAGGCUUCCCACACGGUCGAAAUUGAGCUCGGCGAAUUCCACAACUUUUUGAGCUUUCUCUUUAUCAUACACCACCAACUCUUCGAGGAACACCCGACAGAUAGAAAUCACCAAUCAUGUCGGACGGAGAAGACGAUACCAAGUCCCAAGUCAGCGCGGCCGCCGAGGUCGAGGUCUCUGCCGAUGCUUCCGGCGGUAAGGGCCAGAUGAGCGUCCUCGAGGCUCUCAAGGGUGUCCUGAAGCUCUCCCUCAUCCACGACGGACUUGCCCGUGGUCUGCGCGAGGCCUCCAAGGCCCUUGACCGUCGUGAGGCGCACAUGUGCGUUCUCAACGAGGCUUGCGAGGAGGAGGCAUACAAGAAGCUCGUCGUUGCUCUGUGCUCCGAGCACAAGAUCCCCCUUAUCAAGGUUCCCGAUGGCAAGCAGCUCGGCGAGUGGGCCGGUCUCUGCCAGAUCGACCGCGAAGGCAACCCCCGUAAGGUCGUCAACUGCUCUUGCGUCGUCGUCAAGGACUGGGGUGAGGAGUCCCAGGAGCGCAGCAUCCUCCUCAACUACUUCCAGACCGAGCAGUAAACGUGCCUCACCCGCGAGCGCGAUGCCCAUCAACAUACAAAUUUUUCGCACAACCAACCCUCGGCUGCAUCAGUUUAGUCGCACCUCGGCAUGACACGGAGCUUGGGACGGAUGGCAGGGCGAAUUUAGGGUUAUGAUGUGAUGGGUUGCAUGGAUUUAGACAGGUCUUUUGGACCAUGAUACCAAAUGAGAAAGGACUGAACG